AUGUCAAUUGAAAUCGUGCCGCUGGCCAAGGCCGAUAUACCGGGGGCCGUAGAGUGUGUUCAGAAAGCGUUUGCUGAUGACCCCUACUUCCGAUGGGUAUUCAACAACCCUUCUCAGUUCAACAUUCAGCGAAACGCAGCCUCAUUAGCGGCGCAUUUCCAAUACGGCAUCAACUGUGGCUGCCCGAUCUCCGUCGCCAAAGUUACCCGCGCUACAAGCGACCAAAAGACCGAGCGCGAUAUCAAAUUAUCACCAGGGAGCAUUGUCGGCGUGAGCUGGUGGUACUCCCCUCAGGCAGCAUGCAUACCUCAGACCUGGUCCAUCUGGGUUCAGGAAUGGCUUCUCUCUUUCCGACAGCUUUUAAGUAACAUUCGCUUUCUGGGCCGCGGUGGACUCAACGUCCCCCGAUACUGGAUCUGGAAACAGGUACAGCAAGAUGCACAUGAUGCUCUGUGGAAAGAUCCCCGGGGCUACUACUUUUGCAAUAUGGUAGGGGUCAGCUUUCAGGCCCGUGGAAUGGGUGUGGGGAAACGCUUGAUGGAAAGCGUCAUGGAGAAGGCGGACCGGGAAGGUAUGCCAUGCUAUCUGGAAAGCUCCAAAGGCCAUCCCAAUAUUGCCAUCUAUGAGAAGAUGGGCUUCGAGCUGAUCAAAGAGAUCGAGUGCGCCGAGGGCGGGAACGUCUGCAAGCUUUAUUGCAUGAUCCGGAAUCCCAAAACAAAGUCUUAA